AUGUCUUUCUGCACCAAACUCGGAGCUUUACAGAAAAAAAAUGUUCCAAUGAUAUCAAUGCUCUGCUUCAUGUCCACAAAACUUUUCAUUGCAGGUGGUCUAUCACCCGGAACUGAUGAACAAUCCUUGAAGGAUGCUUUCUCUACCUUCAACGGUGUUACAGAGGAGAGCUAUAGAAGAUGA